AUGGCGAACGGAAGGGACAGCAUAACGCCACUUCAUCUUGCUGCUAAAUGGGGUAAAGCGGAAAUGGCCCAACUCCUGAUCGAUAAAGGCGCUCAAUUGGACGCACGAACACGAGACGGUUUGACACCCAUGCACACUGCUGCUCGAUCUGGACACACGAAUGUUGUCCAGAUUCUACUCAAUGCUGGAGCCAGCAUUACGGCCAAAACGAGGAACGGUCCUCAAAUUGGCCCUAUUGAAGUUCUCCGAUUCCUCCUUCUGAUUACUGCUCCGACUAUUAUUCAAACUAUUAAGACGGAUGUUUGCAUUUGA